AUGCUAAUAGUAAAUAGAGUGCUAACUAAAGAUAUUAAUAUAAGGGUUAAAAUUAGCAAUAAGCCAGAAGAAAUUAAUAGACUAGAAACUUAUAAAGCUAAAUAA